AUGUUCAGAAGGCUACAAGUAUCUGUCCCGAGAAAUCUCACUCGAUAUUCAGUUCGCCCACUUUCCUCAACCACUCGCCGAUUUAAAGAUCCCUGGGUACUUCCUAACACUCCCGAACACGAGAAAUCAACACGUUCACCAGUAGACCUACCUCCGCUACCACCUCUUCCAAGACAUGGCGAAUCAGUAGAGAAAAUGCGUGCAAGACUCGUUUAUCAGAGCCGAAAGCGUGGAACUCUGGAAUCGGAUUUACUUCUGAGUACGUUUGCGGCCCUGAAAUUGGGAACUAUGAGUGAAGAGGAGCUGAAAGAAUAUGAUAGCUUAUUAGAUGAACCGGAUUGGGAUAUCUACUACUGGGCGACGGAAAAGCGACCUGCACCGGAACGUUGGGCAAAUUCACCCUUGUUAGCGAAGCUACGCCAGCAUGCGCGUAAUGAUGGCAAGGAGAUUCGACGGAUGCCAAACCUAUCAUAG